CGUCCACAGAGCGAGAAACCGAUGUGCGACGACGAGGCCUGAGAAACAUGGCGGACGAACAACAAAGCUCGUCCUCGUCGUCGUCGCCGUCGUCGUCGUCGUCGUCGUCGUCGCCGUCGCCGUCGUCGUCCUCGUCGUCCUCGUCGUCCUCGUCGUCGCCGUCGCCGUCGCCGUCGUCGUCGUCGUCGUCGUCGUCGUCGUCGUCGUCGUCGUCGUCGUCGUCGUCGUCGUCGUCGUCGUCGUCGUCGUCGUCGUCGUCGUCGUCGUCGUCGUCGUCGUCGUCGUCGUCGUCGCCGUCGCCGUCGCCGUCGCCGUCGCCGUCGCCGUCGCCGUCGUUGUUAUCGUCGUUGUCGUCCUCACCGCGCUCGUGCGUCGUCGACACGUAGCGCAGUAGGCUAGCGAGUGAUUCUGUGCCACGAGUGCCACGAGAAACGCUACGGGAGGAUGCAUUUGUACUUCGAGAAGAACGCCAACGCCAAGUGCGAUUGUAACAUCCUCUCGCUCAGCUGGAUGGGUAAACUGCCCGACGAGCUGCAGGAGGACGAGAGCUGGAAGCUGUACAGGCGCAAGUACUACCAGGAGGGCUGGCUGGCGAGCGGCAACGCGCGCGGCCUCGUCGGCGUCACCUACACCACCUCGCACUGCCGCACCAGAGUGCCCGAGCUGCCGCUGCGGGCCAAUUACAACCUUCGCGGGCACAGGAGCGAGGUGAUCCUGGUAAAAUGGAACGAGCCGUACCAGAAGUUGGCCUCGUGCGACAGCACGGGAGUGAUCUUCGUCUGGAUCAAGUACGACGGGCGAUGGAGCAUCGAGUUGAUCAACGACCGCAACACGCCCGUCACGCACUUCUCCUGGUCGCACGACGGACGUAUGGCGCUCAUUUGCUAUAAGGAUGGCUUCGUGCUGGUGGGUAGCGUGGCGGGCCAGCGCUAUUGGUCGUCGAUGCUCAACCACAAGGCCGUCAUAACGUGCGGCAUCUGGACGCCCGAUGAUCAGCAGGUUUACUUCGGCACGACAGCCGGCCAGCUCAUCGUUAUGGACGUUCACGGCGCUAUGGUCUCCGAGGUUCAACUUGGUGCCGGUGUGACGUCGAUGGCGUGGUCAGCGGAAAAGUUCAAAUUAGAGGAGGACGACGAGGAGGACAACAACGAGGACGAGGAGGAGCGCGAGGAGGAGCGGGAGGAGGAGCGGGAGGAGGAGGCUACGCCCGCGAAGUCCAGCCGUUCGCGAGUUUUCGUGCUGGCGGUGUGUCUGGCCGACGGCUCGGUCGUUCUGCUUCGCUCGUUCGACGACGUCUCGCCGGUGACCAUUCACACGGGACUGCGACCGCCGCUGCACGCCGAGUGGAGCAACUCGCGCACGGUGCUCGCUGUCGCCGGCAGCAAGGACCAAGAGCAGUGCUACCAAAGCUCCGAGUACACGAAUCUGCUCAAGUUCUACUCCGACAACGGAGUGCUCACCUACACCAUCGUCAUACCCCACACGCAGAGUCCGGUGACCGCGAUGACGUGGGGUCACAACGACCGUCGGCUGUUCAUCGCCACGGGCACCCACGUUCACGCUGCUUGGGUAUCCAGAGGAGUGGGCUCGCUGCAGCUGCUAUCGAGGCUGGCUUUAAAGGCAGCCUUAACUAAGGAGUCGUCAGUACAACAGCUGCCACUGCCACCGAGACUCAAGGCACUGGUGUCGGGUCUCUUCGCCAGCACUAUCCGCUCGUGCGUCCCCAAGCCGCAGGAGCUGCGGCAUUUCGUGUCACGUCCACCGCCGUUGGGCGGUCGCCUGCACUGCACGAUGCUACGCAAUCCGGGUGACCCGCCGCACAGCUACACACUGUACGUGGAGUAUCUCGGCGGGCUGGUGCCACUACUGAAGGGUCGUCGCACGAGCAAGAUCCGCCCGGAAUUCGUGAUUUUCGAUCCGGAAAUGGGCCACGAGGUGACCGCCGGCGAGCCGACGAGCGGUGCCGGCACCUACGAGCAGCUGGCGACAGCCACACUGGCCUCCUGCAGCGACGACUCGGACAGCGAGCGCGACAGUACCGCGGAGCUAUGCGGUGGCUCGCCGAGGUUCAUGCGCAAAAACCGACGCAAGUGCAGCGGCUUUUACGAAAGGACUGGCUGUCACAGCGACGACGCCGAGGUCAACUACGUCGACACUUUGCCGGAGAAUGCGAAGCUGGUGGAGGUUACCUCGAACAUUUGGGGCACCAAGUUCAAGUUCCACGGACUGACCGACUCCGUCCCGGCGAAUCUCGGCCGCGUCACAUACCGGCCGUCGCUACUGCAUCUGCAACCGAGACAGAUGACUCUUGUCAUCACCGAGCUAAGCGACAACUUGCCCGCAGGUCCCGACCCUACGUUCAACCCCAACCUGUUCUCCGAGGACGAAGAGGAUAGCGCCCAGUCGGACGGGUGUUGCGCCAUCAACGUCCAGCAGCACCAGCAGCUGCAGCAGCAGCAGCAGCAGCAGCAGCAGCAGCAGCAGCAGCAGCAGCAGCAACAGCAGCAACAGCAGCAGCAGCAGCAGCAGCAGCAGCAGCAGCAGCAGCAGCAGCAGCAGCAGCAGCAGCAGCAGCAGCAGCAGCAGCAGCAGCAGCAGCAGCAGCAGCAGGAGCAGCAGCAGCAGCAGGAGCAGCAGCAACAACAGCUGCAUAUGCCGCAGCAGCAGCAGCAACAACAGCUGCAUAUGCCGCAGCAGCAAGAGCAGCAGCAGCCGGUCCUGCCGAUCAUAGCGCCAAUGACGAACUCGCGAGGCUGCAGUCGCGCGACCGGCCAAACGAUUGCGGUUACGUCGCUGCCCGUCGUCACCGAGGCGCACACGCAACUCGAGGACGAGUUCGGCCUCGUAGCGAGCUACUGCGAUACGGUGCGCGCCGUCGCUGGUCCGCAUCAUCAUCGUAGCGCCUACGCGCCAAGAUGCUACGACGUGCCGGCGCUGCAGAGCCCGAAGAACACCGUGGCACCGACGCAGAUUCUCAUCGCCAGCUCGAGUCCGGCUGCCACGCUGGGCGAAUACGGGAACGGCGUGCAACGAAUGAAGAGCUCGCUGGCGGACCAGCACGGUGCCAUGAGCAGUUUGAUCAAGAAGGAUUGCGAGCUGGUAAUCGGCAACGGCAAUAGUAAACUGGUGUACGCGCCAAGUUUAUACACGCCUCGCUCGAGCGGAGGGCCAUCGUCGACGCAGUGCUGUUUGCAGUCACCUCAACCGCGACAACCAUCGCUCAAUUAUGCUUACACCAAUGGCAUCGCCAGCAAUAACAAUCACAAUAGCAAUAGCAAUAGUGAGCAGUACAAAGCUGUUGCAGCUGCUAAUAACAACAGCAGCAGCAUCGUGCAUUCGAAGAAUAGUUUCAAUGCUGCCGAGGUGAAUGGCCUCAUCGUUAGUGGUGUGCUGGCUAAAGUGGCGAGCAAUGGCACCGCUAGCUCGAUUGCGGACGAGACUGACGAGCAGCCGGACAACGUAUCGGCGCUUAAGAGUCAGUUCCAGUUCCAAGCGGUGCAUCGCACUCCAACAGUAGUGAGCAUCGGACCAACGCAAUUCUCAACCAACUCGAUAGUGCGCAGCUGCAGCGUGGGCUAUCUCGACCUCGUCGACGCGCAAAUCGUGCCUUGUGACGUUGCGCUGAACAUGCUGCGCAAAGACGCGCCCAACAAGCGACUUUUUCUCAUCUCCAAGAAGAGCAAGAGAAGACGACGUUGUAGUAAGGAUAACAACGUGAAAGAGGCAAACAACGGUAGCGGCAACGGCAGCGUCAGCGUCAGCGGCAGCAACAGCACCAGCAACAGCAACAGCACCGUCAUACAUAGAACGACGAAGCCACGGCUAGGCGAUUGCGGCAAGUCGCGCAGUCUUGACUCGAGCGAGUUAUUCCCAUCGACGGAACAGAUUAUUGCGAUGCCACCACAACUGACCGAACACGCAGAGGAGACGUCAUCAACUGCGUCGAUUAGCGAAGCUGCUCAAAAUGAAAUUAAUAUGCGCAAGGAAGCCAUCAAUCAAAUGGAAUCGCGCCGUGUUAAAGAAACUAUCGAAGCACUGUCUAGAGCUGCUCAGUUGGAGUGUGUUAAUCAGAAGCAAACAACGGCAAAUGCUGCUAAUGCUGCUAGUUCCGAGAUGUCAUGCUUGUCAUCUAUUAAAGGAUCCAGCGUCAGUACAUCCAUGACGUCGUCCCUGGACGGUUUGGCUUCGAGACUAGAUGGUCUGGCAGUGAAACUUGGCGAGUUAGAGGACUGUCACUCGCUUCCACCACCGUCGCCUCGACCAUCUACGAGAUUACCAAGAAGCUCUUCAAGUAGUCCCGCAACCUCAAAGAAGAGCAAACGAGCCGCCUCGGCUUCACCGAUCAGGAGGCGACUGCUAUCGAGUCCCCUGCUGAACAGGAAAUCGCGCAAAAAUCGUAAUGAAAGUUCGGACGAGGAGGGUCUUAUAGGACAGGACGACACCUCGGACUACCGUGAUCUUGAGACUUUCCAAAAGGCACAGCUUCGGCAAAAGUUGAAAAAGAGGGGUGGUCACUACGGAUACGAGUCCGCAGCAACCAAGAGAGAAAUUAUAAUGCAUAACAAGGCACCAAUGUGGAAUGAAGCUAAUCAAGUUUAUCAACUCGAUUUCGGAGGUAGAGUCACUCAAGAGAGUGCCAAAAACUUUCAGAUUGAGUUUCGGGGAAAUCAGGUGAUGCAGUUUGGAAGAAUCCAAGGAAACGCUUACACUCUAGAUUUUCAGUAUCCGUUUAGCGCUAUACAAGCCUUUGCCGUUGCACUGGCAAGUGUCACGCAGAGGUUAAAGUAAACCCAAAAGAAAAAUGUAAAUUUUUUGCGUUGGGCUUAAAUAUGCAUACUCUGACAGGUAUAUACAUAACAUACAACGUAUUUUUUUAAAUUAAUGUUUACACAUAAAUAUUCAUGUAUUCUCCGUCAUUCUCAAAACAAAAUAUUCUCCAUUGCACUGAGAGAAGUUACAUAGUCAACCAAGUUUUUUUGUUCAAAAAAAAGAUCUCCUUAGAGUUUUUGCGUUCAUUUACAUAAUGGAUAAUUGUAGAAAAAUGACCAGAAAAACUAAAAAAUGUUAAAAUUGUAAUAUUCUUAUAAAAUAGUUAAGAAACAACUUUAUUUGGUCGAGCUAACUAUUUCUCUCAGUGUCUCACUCAGAAAAAAGUUGAAGAGAACAUGCACACACACCGACAUUUCGAUUACAAAAUUUUUCGAAAGUAAAGUCGUUAAGUAUUACCACUGUCAGGGUUUUAGUUUUUUCCAGUGUAAUCAACACCAGCCUAAUUGUAGUAUUAUGAUUGUAAUAGCACGUAUUGGCUGACCAAGGCCUUGUCUAACUCAUAGACAAAUUGGUAUAGUAACACAAUUAAUUUCAUGCGAUAUAAAUUACACAAAAAUUAUUCUUGCAGUGAAAUACAGAUUUAAAAAAAAUAAUAGCAUUUUGAAAGUUAAUCAAAUGAAUCUUGAAUAUUUUGGAAACUCAGGAGAAAAAGGUAUUGUAGCAAGUAAAGAGAGCUCUGUGUUAUUACUUAGUCGUAUGUAGGUAUUUUUACGCAAGUGAUUUGCAAGGUCCGAUGAUUAAGCGAGAUUUAUAAGCGCUAUACGCGCGUAAAGUUUUGUACAUAGAAAACAAUAACUUGAUAAAAGGAGGAAACAAAAAUAAGAAUCUCGAGCAAUUCUGCAAAACCCAUCGUCGAUGAGAUGCUUUAUAAUUCUCGUAACCGUCCAAGACGUUUUAUGUUGAAAAAGUCCCGUUUUUAACGUAAAUAAACGGCAUCGACGUGGCGCGUAACAAGCGAGAUACAUUCGUAUAAUUUAUUAGCAUUCUUGACUUAAUACGUUAAUAUUAUUAU